UACUUAAAGUUGUACUCAUCGACGAGCAUGCGCGAAUGUAUCUCCGUUCACGUCGGCCAGGCUGGUGUCCAGAUCGGCAACGCCUGCUGGGAGCUGUACUGCCUCGAGCACGGAAUUCAGCCUGAUGGACAGAUGCCCUCUGACAAGACCAUCGGCACUGGUGACGACUCCUUUAACACCUUCUUCAGCGAGACUGGCUCUGGCAAGCACGUUCCCCGUGCUGUUUACGUCGAUUUGGAGCCGACCGUGGUCGACGAGGUGCGCACUGGAACCUACCGACAGCUGUUCCACCCCGAGCAGCUGAUCACCGGCAAGGAGGAUGCCGCCAACAACUACGCUCGUGGCCACUACACCAUUGGCAAGGAGAUCGUCGACGUUGUUCUCGAUCGCAUUCGCAAGCUGAGCGACCAGUGUACUGGCCUGCAGGGCUUCCUGAUCUUCCACUCUUUCGGCGGCGGCACGGGCAGUGGCUUCACUAGCCUCCUGAUGGAGCGUCUCUCUGUGGACUACGGCAAGAAGAGCAAGCUGGAGUUUGCCGUUUACCCUGCCCCGCAGGUCUCCACCGCCGUCGUUGAGCCGUACAACAGUAUUCUGACCACCCACACCACUCUGGAGCACUCUGACUGCGCCUUCAUGGUCGACAAUGAGGCCAUCUACGACAUCUGCCGUCGCAACCUGGACAUUGAGCGCCCCACCUACACCAACUUGAACCGUCUGAUUGGCCAGAUUGUCUCCUCAAUCACCGCCUCUCUCCGCUUCGAUGGCGCCCUCAACGUGGAUCUCACUGAGUUCCAGACCAAUCUGGUCCCAUAUCCGCGCAUUCACUUUCCUCUGGUUACCUACUCGCCAGUCAUCUCGGCUGAGAAGGCCUACCACGAGCAGCUGACCGUGGCUGAGAUUACCAACACCUGCUUCGAGCCCCAGAACCAGAUGGUCAAGUGCGACCCGCGUCAUGGAAAAUACAUGGCCUGCUGCCUCCUCUACCGAGGUGACGUGGUUCCCAAGGACGUCAACGCCGCCAUCGCUGGCAUCAAGACCAAGCGUUCGAUUCAGUUUGUGGACUGGUGCCCAACUGGCUUCAAGGUCGGUAUCAACUACCAGCCACCGACGGUGGUUCCUGGUGGAGACCUAGCCAAGGUGCAGCGUGCCGUGUGCAUGCUGAGCAACACAACUGCUAUCGCUGAGGCUUGGGCCCGUCUGGACCACAAAUUCGACCUGAUGUACGCCAAGCGCGCCUUCGUGCACUGGUACGUCGGCGAGGGCAUGGAGGAGGGCGAGUUCAGCGAGGCUCGCGAGGAUCUCGCUGCCCUGGAGAAGGACUAUGAGGAGGUGGGCCUGGACUCCACUGAAGCCGAAGGAGGCGAUGGAGAGGAAUUCUAA